AUGAUCAGCAACGGAGGAGCUGCCAAGGAGACCGGGCUCUCUGGUCAGAAAGCCACCAACCAAAGCCUCAAGAAGGGCCCUUGGACCGCCACAGAGGAUGCUGUCUUGAUAGACUACGUGAAGAAACAUGGAGAAGGGAACUGGAAUUCUGUGCAAAAGAAUUCUGGUUUGAUGAGGUGUGGUAAGAGUUGUAGGCUCAGAUGGGCAAACCAUCUGAGACCUAAUCUCAAGAAAGGUUCUUUUACUCCUGAGGAGGAGAGGAUCAUCAUCGAGCUUCACGCCAAGCUCGGUAACAAAUGGGCUCGCAUGGCCUCUCAGUUACCUGGAAGAACAGACAACGAGAUCAAGAAUUUCUGGAACACCAGAAUGAAGAGACGCCAGAGAGCUGGUUUGCCCAUUUACCCACAAGAAUUCCAAGAAGAAACCAUCCCAUUUCACAUAAAAAACCAGAUCCAGCACCAACACCAAGAACAAAACCACCCCAACGUCACCAACCCUUCCUCUUCUUCAUUCUCUUCCCUUUUUCCCUCACCUCGUAAGGCUUCCUAUAAUCCCUCCCUUACCCUUCUUGACCCAAUUAAUUUCUCGCCUGCAUUAGAUCCGUUGAACAACAAUCUCACUCGGUCAUUUUACUCCAACCCUGCUGUCCAAUUCAAGUCAUUUCCUGACAACAACGCCAGUAACUGUGGUUUAGCUUUGCCUUUGUCUUCAUAUGGGCGCUCGCCUUCUUCUAUAACUGGGUUUAAUCAAAACUUUCCAGCCCAAUCAAUCCCAAUGACACCUCCAUCGCUCCAUUACAGUACUUCAGAUUUUGAAACUAACAUGAGUUUUACUUCACUGAUAAUGGGAGCUCAGGUUGAACCAAAUGAACUUUUUCCUGGUUUGGGGUCCGAGAUUCCUUCCGACCAAACCCCACCUCGUCCGAAUACUCCUUUCUCAUCCAACACUAGCGGUGGCGUUUGUGUUCGAGAGGAAUCGAGUAAGAACACUGACAACGACAGUGAAACCGUCGUCCCAGAGAUGAUGCACGAUAAUAGGAAUAGUGGUUUGUUGGAUGCUUUGUUGCUUGAAUCUCAGAAUCUGUCUCGCAAAGAAGGAAAAUUGACUGGUGAGAAUUCGUUAGUAGCAACUGAUCAGAAAGGGAAAAGGGUGGUGGAUGAGUCUGCAGAGGAAGAGGAGGAGACGGAGAAGGAAGCUGCUAAGCGUGUUAAACUUUCGGCAAUGAACGGUAGUGAGAACUCUGGUGAAAACAACUGCUGUGAUGAUUUGAGCUCUUCUCAAUCAUCAAUAGGGGUGAAACCAAAUGAGGAACCAAUGGAUGAAAUGAAUUCCAUGGAUGAUGAUUUAUUGAGCUUGCUUGACAACUUUCCGACGACAACACCACUCCCAGAAUGGUACCGGAGUAGAAAUAUUGCCAGUGGAUUAUCAUCCAGCACAGUAGUUGAAGGUGGAGAAGUUGAAGCUGAGCAAGAAGCAUCACUGGCCGGUGGCGAAACCACAGAUGAGACACCAAACGUUGACUGGGCCUUUGGUUCCUCAUACUGGAAUAACAUGCCAGGCAUUUGCUGA